GACAGUUUGCUGCACCGAAAGAAACGUUUACGCCCGAGCCGUAGGCGAGGGCGGAAUGGUUUGUUGAGUGCAGCAGAGGAACUUUGCGCACGUAUUCCACAUUAAGUUUUUCCUACAGUUACCAUUGAAUAUGAAAAGUGGGUAAUUAUGGAUAAAAUUGCCUGAAAUCCAUCAAAUCAUGGCUUUCCAAGAAACUUGGUCUUGUCAACUGCAUGUCCCUAGUUUUGCUUCUCCAUGGAAUAAUUUUCUAUACGAUGUCAUUACUAAUAAUCCUUGGCAUUUUCUACCUCUGGCACUGUUUAAUGGAAUGGCUUUCAGCACUUUAUAUUCAGUCAUGACUUCCUAUGCCAAUAACCUAUCGUUACCUGGAACAGAGACUACAGUACAGAGUAUAGUUGGAUCAGUAUAUGAGGGCUGUGGGCUCUCAACUGGAAAUUUCGUAGCAGGUCUAAUGAUGAAUAGCAUGAGUGGAAGAACCGUUUUCAAGAUGUUUGGAAUAGCAAUGCUGAUAUUAGGUGCGGUGCACUGUUCACUGCACUGUAUCAUCUCAAUCAACUCAGCAAAUAGAAAGAAACUUCCAAAUAACAUAAAUUGUUCUGAGCACCCUGAUUUGGAAUUUUCGCCAAAACCUAUAGAAUCAACAAUAAAAUAUAACACUGAUUCAUUCCCAAACGGAAUUAAUAACAGUACUUUGGAAAUGAAAGGUUCCGAACACCCUGACGUGGAAUAUUCAAAACCUAUAGAAUCAACAAUAAUACACUGAUUCAUUCCCAAACAGGAUUAAUAACAGUACUUUGGAAAUAAACGAUUUACACUCCAAAAAUGAUUUUAAUGCUUAUAAGAAACAUUUCAUCAUAUUGAUGAUUAUAUUAAUAUUCAAUCUUAUAAUGAAUUAAUAUUAUACUAUUUAUCAAUUAUUUAUACAUAAAUAUUUUAUAAUUAAGUAUUGAAACAGAGCUACUUUAAUGUUAUUUUAUUUAAUUUUAUUUUUACUGUAUUGUAUAAAUGAAUAAAUGAAUAAAAUGUUCAAUUAUGAUGGAAAA